AUGUUUCCAGCGCCGUCGCCGCCAUGCCACGCUCCCCGACCACUACUCCGACACCCAACACCCGACACCAAGCCCGAGGGGACGGCCGAUACUGACGAGCAAACAUCUGAUGAAGAGGGGAUUGAACCUCAGAAAACACCGGUGGCGGAGUACAUCCAGCGGAUCGAGAAACGGAUGUUUACAAUCAUCGGCGCAGAUCGCAAGGGAUGGAUGGGCCCUUAUAGACAUGACGAGACGAUCAAAAGUUUUGCGCCUCAACUCCGUCGACUGCCCCAUCAUCUGUUCUCUCUUCUGCUACUACUUGAUAUUCCAGUGGAUAAGAACUAUCACCCACCGCCGCCGCCAGACAACGUGACUCUACCCCAGAGGCCCCACGGGGCCGGAGGUGCGGCGGAUAUCGGGUUCAGUGGAUCUACACUUGGUCCAGCCUGGCAAUGGAACCACAAUCUGGACACGACAAAAUUCUCCCUUCAUAAUCCUGGAUUGACUCUGCACACCGCGACUGUGACAGCGGAUCUUUACGCGGCAAGAAACACGCUCACGCGCCGUCUUCAUGGUGCAAAUCCCUAUGGAGUAGUGGAGAUCGACUUCAGCAACAUGGCGGAUGGCGACCAUGCCGGACUAGCAGCGUUGAAGGACGCAAGUGUUUGGAUUGGCAUAGUCCGCAAUGGCACCGAGGAUCGUGUGGUUGUUACCCAUGGUCUUGCCAUGGGAACGUACGGAGGAACGACAAGCACACGCACAACUGUAGCAACAACUCCGAUUAUCCGAACAAAGGUGUGGCUGAAGGUCAGUCUUGAUGCUGCCGCCGUGGGUUCCCACGAAGCGCACUUCUUCUACAGCUUAGAUGGGAGCACAUUCAUCGAGCUGGGAGACGCCUAUUCUCUUACCACCGACUAUCUUUUAUUUAUGGGAUACCGUUAUGGAAUCUUUAACUACGCGACCCAGGCUCUGGGUGGCUCUGUUGAUGUGCUUAGAUUUGCAAGUGAGUCUAGCUAG